GCGCCUCAAGAGGGUUGCCUUUUGAGCACUCAGGGAAACGUUUGUCUCAUAGACAAACAAAGUCAAGUGUUUAUCAAAUCACGACCUUUGAUUUUUAGAAUCAAAUCCCCGAGGAAACAAUGCUGUUGGCUUAUCUCGUUGUCCUGUGUGUGACAGCCAACUGGAGGGUGAACGGUGAGGCAUAUGGUCCUUGGAGUGAUUGGAGCGCGUGCAGUGUACAAGAAGGGGAGGGAUUCAUGACGAGAUACCGUGAAUGUAUCGUGGAGGAUUGCCCUACACCUGGAGAAUACAUAGAUUAUAUGAAAUGCUUUGUGAAACCAUGUCCUUGUGAAUGUCCUCCCACUACGAAAGGACCAGGGACAAAGGCGACGCAAACUGGUACAAUCCAUAUUGAAGUUAAAGAAGGAUCCACCACAGCCGCAACAAUAACCAACCCAAUUGAAGCAACUGGUACCAUUGGCAUUGAAGUGGUGGAGGAGUCCUCAACUGCUGCGCCAGGACAUACUGUUCCAACUGAACCAGAAGGAACUACCCCCGGUGGACAAGGUCAGAUAAAAUUCACCACCAAAGAACCGAGUGGAGAAGGAGGGGGAGAAGGAGGAACAACGUCGGCGCCUGGAGGACAAGAAGAAGGAACUACAUCGGCUCCUAAAGAGGAAGAAGGAACUACUUCGGCUCUUGGAGAAGAAGAAGGAACUACAUCAGCACCUGAAGGAGAAGAAGAAGGAACUACAUCGGCUCCUGGUGGAGGAGAAGAAGGAACUACAUCAGCUCCUAAAGAAAUUCCAUGUGAGGACAAUCCUCUCGGAGCGAAGGAAGAUGGAAAAUUGCUCGACUCAAGCUUCACUGCUACGUCAAGUUAUGCUGAGUUUCAACCCUUCAAUGGUCGGUUGAAUGGUCCAUUGGCGUGGUGUGCCGAAGGGACUGGCGCAGGACAAGAGUAUUUACAGAUUCACGUACCGGAUGCAGAAGCCAUUUGUGCUAUUGCUCUUCAAGGGACUGGUUUUGGAGGCGGAAAUGAACAUGUGACGCAGUUUUACUUGGAAUACUCCAUCGAUGGCAGUCUGUGGGAUACAUUAGCGGAUAAGGAUGGAAAUUUGAAGGUGUUCGAGGGCAAUGAAGAUUCCAAAACCACAAUAAAAAGAGUGUUAUUGGUUCCCGUCGAGGCAAAAUACAUUCGAAUUGUCCCAGUUUCUUACGACGGAUGGCCGUGUUUGAGAGUAGAGCUGUAUGGAAAAGAAAGGAAACAAAAAGCACCUUUCGGAGUAAUAGAAGAAACUACUUCUCCUCCCAAAGGAAAAGGAGAAACUUCAUCGCCUCCUGGAAGAGGAGAAGUAAUAACACCGCCACCUACAGAAAUUCCAUGCGAAGAUGAUGGUCUCGGGGCAAAGGAAGGUGGAAAAUUGCCCGAUUCAAGCUUUUCAGCACUUUCAAGUCACGGUACACGUUACUUUCCCUCUUUUGGUCGGUUGAAUGGUCCGUCAGCUUGGUGUCCUAUGACCAAUCGUGAUCAGUAUCUUCAGAUUCAUGUGCCGGAUGCGCGAGUCAUUUGUGCCGUUGCGGUUCAAGGUUUUGAGAAUAGGAAUGAAUAUGUUACGAGUUUCUCAGUAACCUACUCAGUGGAUGGGAAUAAGUGGUUGGCAUUUACAGAUGACAAGGGCGAAAAGGAAAAGGUGUUUGAAGGCAACAAGGAUGCUACAUCCAUUGUAAAACAAGAAUUUCCAGCUCCUGUGAGAGCCCAGUACAUUCGAAUUUACCCAGUGUCCUAUGAGGAAUGGCCUUGUUUGAGAGUAGAGCUGUAUGGCAAAGAAACUGAGGAAGCGAAACCUACAGCACCAGGAGAGGAAAAAGUUACUUCGCCUCCUGGAGGAGAAGAAAUAAUUCCCCCGCCUGGUGAAGAAAUCCCAUGCGAGUAUAAUGCUCUUGGGGCGGAGGAAGGUGGAAAAUUGACCAAGGCAAGCUUCACUGCAACCUCUACUUACGCAAACGAGUUUCAAUCUUUCAAUGGUCGCUUGAAUGGACCAUUCGCCUGGUGCCCCGCUGACCUAUUCGUUGGGCAAGAGUAUCUACAGAUUCACAUACCGGAAGCGGAAAUCGUCUGUGCCAUUGCUCUUCAAGGGAGUGGAGUCGAGAAUGCAAAGGAAUAUGUCAAAGAAUACUUUGUGAAAUAUUCAGUUGAUGGUGAAAAGUGGGACGAAAUUAAGGACGGAAAAGGAAAUUUGAAGUUAUUCGAGGGCACGGAUAGUCCUAAAGAGAUAUCCAAACAGGUUUUACCAGUUCCUGUAAAGGCCCACUACGUUCGCAUUUACCCACUGUCAUAUGAGAGUUGGCCAUGUUUGAGAGUUGAGCUAUAUGGAAAAGUUUUGGUUUUCUAUUUUUCACCUCUUCCUGGACGGGUACUAACUCUGUAUUCCAUAUUUUUUCAAAUUAAAGGUGAAGAAACUACUUCGCCCCCUGGUGAAGGUGAAGGUGAAACUACAGAGUUGCAGUGUGAUCCUGUCGGCGCAGCAUAUGGAGGUACCCUGCCGGACUCAAGUUUUUCGGCUUCCUCUGACAGCGGAGACGAUUACAGCGCGUCCAAAGCUAGAUUGAAUGGUCCCUCGGCAUGGUGCUCAGCAGAUAAUUCAAAACCAGGCGAUUACCUUCAGAUUGAAUUACCAACUGAAAUGUCAGUUUGUGCUAUUGAAACGCAAGGUUUUGGCAGCUUUGGAGUAUGGGUCAAAAGGUUUACUGUUGCAAUAUCCCCAGACGGUCAGGAAUGGGAAACAAUGGUUAUGGAGGGGAACGUAAAUCCAACUGACCCAUCAAUUCAGAGAUUUCCAAAACCCAUCCAUGGGCAGUUUGUUCGUAUUUACCCAAUGCAGUAUCAAACAAACCCAUGUAUGAAGGUGGAAAUAUACGCAAUAGCGACUGAAAAGUUUCCUCACCCAAAAGAAACUGAAAAAGAAAUUAUGCAAGAGAAUCCCCCUCCUCCGAAGACUCCCACGGGUGAGGAAAAAGGUUCACCACCUCCUCUCCCAGUUAUUCCACUAAUUCCCACAACAGUCCCUGGCAAGGGGAUGGACAUAGGAAUUGUGAUUGGUGUAACCGAAAGCGAAUUUGAGAUUAUUAAAAUGUUCAUAUCUCGGUUGCUCAUAUUCAUCAGUCAGAACUUCCCAAAUGUUCAAUUUGGACUCAUCAUUUACAGUGAUAGGCCCGAGCUUAUAAUGACUCUCCAACACAUUGAGUACGUCAACGUCAAGGUGAUCAUCGAAGGGAUGUCGUAUGUCCCUGGGGGGCACCGUACGGAUCUCGCUAUGCUGUACGCCAGUCGUAAGCUGUUCUGUCCCGUGGGGUGUGAGGACCGACCGGAAGAGGAAAAUGUGAUGAUACUUUUCACCUCUGAAAAAACUGAUGCCGGCUCGAUCCCGUACAGUCUUGUGUCACCGAUUAUGAAGAAUUGUUCGUCCAACAUAAUCGCCGUCGGACUGUCCAAUAAAGUCAGUAAAUCAGAGCUGGUCCAAAUAGCACUUGGUGCGCCCGAGCGCGUGCUUCGAUACAACUCGGUAGAUUCUCUGGAUUCAAACGUCAUACAUCAGAUCUCAGCCAUGAUCGAACAAGGACCUGUUGUAAAGACUGUUGAAAAAACUGUCACGACCACUUCUAAGGUGAUUAUCCACGAGUUGCCUUGAGCCGUUAAUUUUUGAUGUUUUCUUGCUGAGCUUAGUUUAACCGAGACAACGUUGUGUUUGUCUGCUGAUUUGUCACGAUUAUGCAAUGUUUUAAAAGCUGCUAAGGCUGCGGGAAAAACUAGGAUGGAAGGUUUUAUAUUUAGCUCGAGGAUGAAUGGGGCCGUAGGAGUCAUGCUAAACUUCAAUGAAACCCAAUUCGGGUGAAGGAAAAUACAAAUAGCAAAGAAGCAAGAUAUUCAGCCAGUAAAUCGUAUAAAUUGUGCCCCGUGAGGAACGUGAUCUUAUGAAGAAGAAUUGACCGUGCGAGCAGAAAUGGUUGGAUCAUUUCCUUAGAAACGUUUAGUUACGUAUCUAAACCCUGGCUUGAAUUUUUUUAAUGGACUGUUUCUGAUUUAAUUUGUGUUGAUUAUCACUCAAUGGCGUAAUUAAUCACAUGCCGCCAUGUGUACCACACGUCAUGUUCACCUGCAAAGGAAAUUAAAAUUCGUCGCGUUCGGGUUUGGCUUAAAAACGUAACUCCAAUGAAUAGCAUUGAACUCAAGAAGUCUAAUGCAUAUGGUUUCGGAAUACUGAUUCAAACAAGUUGUUCCCAGUAAAAGCAUCUGGUAAAUCAAUAAUUUUCAUAUUGCUUAAUUAAGAAAUGUUUUACUUUUUUGUGUAGAUAGCUGUCUCAGCCGUCGAAAAACCUUUAUAAUUAAGGCAUGGAAUAUCAGUAAAUCUGGGGAAGGUAAUUCCAUUCGAAACAAGCCACGCAAUUGAACAUUACUUUCCUUCUUGAUAAAUGCAGGUUAGAAUAAGUGGGUCAGUUUAGGGUGGUAAGAUAUUUGUAAGCCUUUAAAAACCAAUAUUCAAAACAAAACUUGAGAGAAUUAGUCAGAAGUAGAAAUUAUUUCUAAUUAUUAUCAUAAGUAUCAAGUUACAGUGCACAUUGCCAGAUCAGUAGUAUGAAUAAGUGUUAUUUUCACAAUAAAAACAAAACAAACAAUAA